CCAUCCCGUACCGUCCCGUCCCCACGCACCCCAUCAAAGGAUAAUUGAAGACACGUACGCGCGUGUGUAGGACAACAAAAGGAUGCGGCACACGUCGAUGACGAGGCACCACCGCUGUUGACCUCCAAAAGUGGCCCCAAACCCAAAACCCAACCCAACCCUUAACCAAGUGCAAUAAAUAGUGAAAAAUGUGUUAACCCCAGUGCCAGAACAUCCAUCGAUCCAUCGAUAUAGCAUCGCUAAGACGAAGAACUACCUCUGCAGAUCCGCCAAUCCCAUACGAUCACACGAUCAUUAUGUUGCCAUAUCAGGCAGCCGUGGCCAUGGAUUAUGCCGGCUAUCAGCGGCAGCCGACGCCCGGACAUCCCGGCUCCCACAUGGCCGCCACCAUGGGAUCCUUGGGAAUGCCCUCGGUGCCGUUCACACACAGUUGGAUGGUGCCCGCACAGGACCUCUGUGGCAUGGCUCCGUACAACAAAAUGCCCAAUCAGCAUCAGCCGGGCGGACCCGGAAUGCAUGCCCAGCAGCAGCCCAUCGAACCGGGCAUCCUGGAGCUGCGCAAGGAAAAGUCACGGGAUGCGGCACGUUCGAGACGGGGCAAGGAGAACUACGAGUUCUAUGAGCUGGCCAAAAUGCUGCCACUGCCAGCGGCCAUCACCAGCCAACUGGACAAGGCCUCCAUCAUAAGACUGACCAUCAGCUAUCUGAAGCUGAGGGACUUUUCCGGCCACGGGGAUCCGCCAUGGACGCGAGAGGCCUCCAGCAGCAGUAAGCUCAAAAGUGCCGCCAUUCGACGCAGUCCCGCUGUUGAUUUGUUCGAGCAACAUCAGGGCACCCACAUACUGCAGUCGCUCGAUGGCUUCGCUCUGGCCGUGGCAGCAGACGGUCGCUUCCUGUACAUUUCGGAGACGGUGUCCAUCUACCUGGGCCUCUCGCAGGUGGAGAUGACGGGCAGCAGCAUAUUCGAUUAUAUCCACCAGGCGGAUCACUCGGAGAUUGCCGAUCAGCUGGGCCUGAGCCUCACCAGCGGCGGCGGUGGUGGCGGCGGUGGAGGAGGCUCCUCGGGCAGUGCAGGUGGCGGCAGUGGUGCCGCCGGCCUGGCCUCCCCCACAUCGGGCGCCUCCGACGAUGGCAGUGGCACACACGUGGCUGCCUCCAUGACGCAGGCCUCCACGAGCGGCUAUAAGGGCUACGAUCGGAGCUUUUGUAUUCGGAUGAAGUCCACACUGACGAAGCGGGGAUGCCAUUUCAAGUCCUCCGGCUAUCGGGCCAGCGAUGCAACCAGCAAUUGCAACAACGCUAACAAUAAUAACGCUAACAAUAACGCUAAAAACGUUAAGAAUCCGGGCUCAAACUAUUCGGUCGUUCUGCUGCUGUGCAAGCUGCGGCCCCAGUACACCUUCUCGCACAGUCGCAAGUCGCAGCCGCCGCUGCUGGGGAUGGUGGCCCUGGCCAUUGCCCUGCCACCGCCCUCCGUGCACGAGAUCCGUCUGGAGUGUGAUAUGUUUGUGACCCGCGUGAACUUUGACCUGAAAGUAGCGCACUGCGAGCCAAGGGUCUCGGAUCUGCUGGACUACACGCCUGAGGAUCUGGUGAACAAGAGCCUGUAUUCCCUGUGCCAUGCGGAGGAUGCCAAUCGACUGCGCAAAAGCCAUUCGGACUUGAUCGAAAAGGGUCAAGUGCUGACGGGCUACUACCGACUGAUGAACAAGAGUGGAGGCUACACCUGGCUACAGACCUGCGCCACGGUCGUCUGCAGCACCAAGAAUGCCGAUGAGCAGAACAUCAUUUGCGUCAACUAUGUGAUCAGCAAUCGAGAGAAUGAGAAUCUGAUACUGGACUGCUGCCAGCUGGAGCCGAGCAUGGACAGCAUCAAGCACGAGGAGGGAUUGGGCAACGACAAGAGCAGUGGCUCGCCAGGCGGCGAUGCAGCGGGCGAUGGCAACGCCCAUUUGAGUGCCGGGGAAAUGAAGCUGACGGAUGGCAAAUCGGAUCCGGAGGGACACUCGCAUCGCGGACGGGGACGCAGUGCCGCAGCCUCGCAUGGCAGCAGCAUGAGCAGCCUGUCCCUGAUCAAGGACAGCCCCACACCGCUGGGCGUGGAGAUUGAGGCGGGUGUGGGUGUGGGUGUGGGCGUGCUGCCAGCCACUGUGGCCACGCCGGUGCCCGCCCCAACGCCCGUUGGCAGCACGACGAGCAGUGGGGCGACAACCAAGCGCAAGAGGAAGACCAAGGCCGCACAGCAGGCGGAGGAGGAGCAGCAGGUGAAUGUCGAGCAGCCGAUGGCCAAGCUGCCGGCCAUGGAGGAGUCCCAGCCAAGGAGUCGCCUGCCCUCCAUUGUGGACGAGCAGCCAGCAGCCGAUUCGGCAGUCAAGGAUCUGGAGCACGCCAUGUCCAAGCAUCUGCCAUCGCCCGUGUCAGUGUCCGUGGCCGUGUCGCAGGCGAGCACCGACUUCAGUGCCGAUUCCCUCAUCAAGCAGCAGCACCAACAGGCGCACCAGCAGCAGCAGCAGCAACAGCAGCAGCAGCAGCAGAUCGACCCCAACGAGAAGAGCAGCACGAUCCAGUGGAUUGGGACGCCCUACCAGCAGCCACCCGCCCCCAUGCCGGCCACCGCGCUGCUCCGGCAGCUGUACGCCAAUCGGGAGAGCGUGAUCCGGGCGACGGCCCGCCAGACGCCCACGGGUGUGGGUCCCGGGGUGUUCUACGGCGAGCAGCAGACGGGUCCGCUGCCCACGCCGCCGGGCAGCGAGUCCUCCUACGAGAACCAAUACCUGCAGCUGCACUCGGCCGCCUCCGCCGCCGGGGUGCAUCCCCAGAAGGGCUCCUCCGAUGCCUUCACCAAUCUGGUGUCCACCUACGGCGGCUAUCACAGCUCCAUUGACUACCACAACGCCAUGACGCCGCCCAGCUCCGUCUCCCCGCGCGACUCCAACAACUCUGGCAAGGUGCCGCCCUCCUCCGCCCCCAUUCUGGCCAGCAACGGCGGUGGCUACGAGUACGCCGAUCCGCUGCGCGGACAAUAUGUGGCUGCAACCGGAGAUGGUGCCCCCGCCACGCUGCCCCUGAAGCCGCAGGCCUACACUGCCACAAUGCACCCGCAUCCGCAUCCGCACGGCCAUGCCACCAGCACCAGCACCACAACCACCGAGGGCGGCGUCACCUACAGCAACCUGGAGCAGCCGCAGUACUUUGCCCCGCACUCCAGCUUCCAUUUGUACCACAAGGGCAGCCCCGCCACCGGCUGGUACUCCACGCCCUCCUAGGUAAUGGACGACGGCGGCUUGGCCCAGUGCCAGCAGAUGCAGCCGUACCAAUCCCCGCACUCUGCCUAUCAGGAGCAGCAGCAUCAUCAUCAUCAUCCUGCUGCUGCUGCAGCUGCUGCAACUUCCGCUGGUGUGGGUGUGGGUGUGGGUGGUGGCGAUCGCUGGGACUUUGUGGGGGCACUGGGCAAGGUGGCGCGCAUGUUCUUCAGCGCUCGCAAAGGUAAUCCCGGAUAGACACAGCAACGAACAGGCAAGGCAGCCGGGCAGGUGGAGCCAUCCUUCCUGCUGGCACUUGUACAGGCUUGGCUUAGGAGGAGCACACUCCUCAGAACGCAUCUAAUUAGGAAGUUAGGAAGUUAGGAACUAGCACUAGCAGUCCCCCCAGGACUAGAACUUAGAGCCUACACAUUAAAGCGUUAAAAACAUUCAAUGUUGUUAUAUAGUUCUUAAGAGUUGUAAAUUAUGGACACACCACAAGACACCACUCCACUCCACUCCUCUCCUCACCAGAGGCACACACUGACACACCCAAUGAAAUUAGCUGCAAAACGGAAAUACUCGGCAAGAAUGCAAUUGAUUAAAUAAACUAAAACUAAACGAAUACCUAGGAUACACACGAAAGUUAAUACUAAUAUUAAAUAAGACUAAGACUUGCAUAUAGAGUGCCAGCAGAGCGGAAGAACAGAUCGAAGAACUCCUCGUACUACGCGUUAAUCAAUGAUUGCUCCACUCCACUCCACUCCAUAUUGUUAUUAAUUAUUUAAAUCAAUUGUAAUUUUACCAGUACAUAAAUACACAUAUAUACAUUAAACAUUAAACAUAUAGAAGAUAAACCGCAUGAUAUAUUAAUUAAUAUAUAUAUAUAUUUAAACAUUUUUACAACAUAUCAAAUGCUUCCUCCUUUAGAAUUACGAACUACCCUACCAUAUACAUACAGAUACAGAUAUAGAUACAGAUACAGAUAUAGUGUGCCCCCAGACUCGCUUUGGGAUUCCUUCUAUUUCGAUUCAAUGAAAUUUACCCCCUAAGAUGUCUAAUGUUCCACUCACAACUGUUUUUCACACUCCCACUCCACCUUCUCCUCCUCCUUCUCUAUUGUAUAUUUAACGAAAAAAACCAUCUAUCGGAAUAGCUAAACAAACAACAACAAAACAAACAACAAAAAACGAAAAAAGUGUAAUUAAAUUUUUGUAUAAAACACAAAGAAAGUUUCUUCCCAUUAAAGGCUUACAAAAUAUUGAGUAUAAAUAUGUAAAAGGUGGAUUUUAAUUGUGGCUGGAGGGCAGUGCUAAGGAUCCUUCUAAAGCUCUCCAUCUUUCGCGACUGAAAUCAGGCAAAAGGCCAUAUGAAAUUCAAAUCACAGUCCUUGAAGUUUAUCUGUCAGCUUUGAAAUACGAGUAACCAUAUUCGGUAGAUCAGCAGUUGAGUCUCAGUCUCACAGU